AUCGAAGUGCGUAUUCUAAUUUAUUGAAUGUAAAUGUAUAUUCCAAAGCCAAACCAUAACUUAAACACACCAAACCUCUGAACUAAACUCCUAAAAAUGGUUUUAGGGGUCAUCCCACAUUGGGCCUGGAGUUUGGUACACAUAAGUUUGAUCAGUCCCCAGAGAGUUAGUAAAAUGCCAUAAAACGUCCUAAAUUUGUAAAAUAAAUGAGUACACACACCUUAAAUUGACAUUUUAAUCACAUUAAAUAUCUAUUUCUUUUUAGAUCCACUGGUUCAGCAGACUUUAGAUUGAGUCAAAACAAAAUCUCCUUCCCAUUGUAAGCAUACUAGUUUUUGGGUUUUUUUUGUUUCAGAUUAAUCUUUGUCUUUGUGUCUUUGUCACAGGAAUUAUAUAUAUUUAAGAGGCGAGUUCAUAAAAGUUCAUUUUCACACGGCACUCAGGACGUUUGCCUUCAUGAAGGCAGAAAAUCUCUUCUGAGUCAUGCCCUCUACGUUUAUCAAAUCAAAUCUAGGUCUUGGUUCACACGUGCAGACCUAGUCAGAGGAGACCCGGCGUGUCGGCUAUCCCUCGCAGAACCUUCCAGAGUCAUCUGAGCCUGUCGGACAGAAAACUGGCAGCAGAAUCCCAGUGAGUGCAAGAACAAUUGUUUGUAGCUAAAUAAACCUGUUGGCAUUUUCAUUUUUUUCAUUGAAGGUGCAAUUAGCACGCACACAGUGUGUUUCAUUUCGCUGCUGCAUUUGUGUUCUCCAGCACGAACAUUGUUUAGUUUGGCUACAAGCAGAAGGCAAAGAAGAUGCAAAUGUUUGCUUGAUCCAGAACCAAAAGAGCAGAAAAAGUACCGGUGAAGCCAGGGAUGACAAAUACCAUGAGGAUGAUGAAACUGGAGUCAGGAAUGUUGAGAACCUGAGUGGGUUAAAAUUACAGCGAUUUACUUCAUGGGUAUGAAAUAGAGGUUUGUGAUAAACGCUGAGCUCAGCAAAAACAAAGGUGUUUCUCAACCCACUGACACCAAACCCCACUAUUUCCCUCUUGGCAGAUGAUGAAUGGAGUAAAAUCAGAAAAUAAUACCGCAACCAAGGUAACUUGCUUUUCACAGGGUUUCUGAUGGUUUCUGUAUCCUGGCGAACAAAUGGGAAGUUGAGUGAAACGAGAAGGUUUGGCAGAAACAAUGAAAGUGCAGCAUUGAUUAUGGACAAUUCAAACUGUAGAACUGUAGCAGAAAUUUACAAGGAAUGAACUGCAGCUGCAGUCGGGGCUUUAAUGGCCUCCACCCAAAGACAUAGUCAGGACAUCAUGGACUGCAACUACAGCACAUAAUAAAACAGCUGGAGGCCUACAUUCACAACAAUGUCUUUUUUAAGUAUGAAGUAAAGAACUGCGGAUGCAGACCUCAGCCAUUAUUGGUUAUUAUUGGUGUUUUGUUUUGUCUUAGCUUCAAAUAAUUACUUUAAUUCUAUUUCGUCCAUUCUAUGAAACUAUUAGCUUGAAGUUAGUUGGUGUGUGCGCUAACUGCCCGCCUCGUAAAGCUCAUUAAUGGACCUUCACUUGACAGACAAGCUGUCCAAUGGGUCCAUGGAAUCCUCUGGGCAACCAAUAGCCUUCGGUUCCGAGCUGCUGCUGCUUGCUGAUUGGCGGAAGGAGCUUCUGCCUCCCGAGUACCGACGCUUCUCCUUUGGUCAAGGUUGCACUUUGCAGCUGCAGCAGGACGCGUACGGAGCGCCGCUUACUCACGGAGAGCAGCACCGAUUAUCAUCAGCAGCAGCAGCAGCAGCAGCAGCAGCAGCAGCAGCGCUGCUCUCGUUUUAAUACCGAAGCGUCCUUCUAGGAUCUCCAUCCUCACGGUACAUCCGCCAUGGACGAGAUGGAGGAAGAGUUAAAAUGCCCCGUUUGCGGCUCCUUCUACCGGGAGCCCAUCAUACUGCCUUGCUCCCACAAUAUUUGCCUGGCGUGUGCGCGGAAUAUUCUUGUGCAGACCCCCGAAGCCGAGUCCCCGCAGAGCAGCCGCGCCUCCGGGUCCGGCGUCUCAGAUUAUGACUACUUGGAUUUGGAUAAAAUGAGUUUGUACAGCGAGGCGGACAGCGGGUACGGGUCCUACGGGGGGUUUGUCAGCGCUCCGACCACCCCCUGUCAGAAAUCACCGAACGGAGUCCGGGUUUUCCCCCCCGCCGUCCCCCAGCCCGGUCCGCAGCAGCACCUCCUGCCGCAUCCGGCCUCCUUGCCCCCGAUCCCCCGCAACUCCUGCAUCACCUGUCCGCAGUGUCACCGCAGCCUGAUCCUGGACGACCGGGGGCUCCGGGGGUUCCCCAAAAACCGGGUGCUGGAAGGGGUGGUGGACCGGUACCAGCAGAGCAAGGCGGCCGCCCUCAAGUGCCAGCUGUGCGAGAAGAGUCCGAAGGAGGCCACGGUGAUGUGCGAGCAGUGCGACGUGUUCUACUGCGACCCGUGCCGCCUGCGGUGCCACCCGCCCCGCGGUCCCCUCGCCAAGCAUCGCCUGGUUCCCCCCGCGCAGGGCCGGAUCAGUCGCCGCGCGAGCCCGCGCAAGAUCUCCACCUGCACGGAGCACGAGCUGGAGAACCUGAGCAUGUACUGCGUGCAGUGCAAGAUGCCCGUGUGUUACCAGUGUUUGGAAGAGGGGAAGCACGGCACGCACGAAGUCAAAGCUCUGGGCGCGAUGUGGAAACUGCACAAGGGUCAGCUGUCCCAAGCCUUAAACGGUCUGUCAGACAGAGCCACCGAAGCAAAAGAGUUCCUGGUUCAGCUGAGAAACAUGGUGCAGCACAUCCAGGAAAACGGCGUGGAAUUUGAGGCCUGUUUGGUGGCGCAGUGCGACGCGCUGAUCGACGCCUUGAACCGGCGCAAAGCCCAGCUGCUGGCCCAAGUGAACAAGGAGCAUGAACACAAGCUAAAGGUGGUUCGGGAUCAGAUCUCCCAUUGCACUGUGAAGCUGCGUCAGACAACAGGACUGAUGGAGUACUGCCUGGAAGUCAUCAAGGAGAACGACCCCAGUGGCUUCCUGCAGAUCUCGGACGCUUUGAUCCGGAGGGUCCACAUGACCGAGAGCCAGUGGGGGAAGGGAACCCUCACCCCGAGGAUGACCAGUGACUUUGACCUCACCCUGGACAGCGGGCCCCUCCUGCAAACGAUCCACCAGCUGGACUUUGUACAGAUGAAAGUCCCAGCUGCUCCCAUCCUCCAGCUAGAAGAGUGCUGUACCCAGAACAACAGCGCCACGUUGUCAUGGAAACAGCCGCCGCUCUCCACCAUCGCCGUCGAGGGCUACAUCCUGGAGCUGGACGACGGAAACGGAGGGCCGUUCAGGGAGGUGUACGUGGGGACGGAAACCAUCUGCACGGUGGACGGGCUCCACUUCAACAGCACGUACAAGUCCAGAGUGAAGGCGUUCAAUUCCAGCGGAGUGGGCCAGUACAGCAAGACACUGAUCAUGCAGACCUCUGAGACUGGACUCCCUCCAUGCGAUAUACAGUCUAUAGGCACAGUUGCCUGGUUCACUUUCGACCCGGUGUCCGCUCACCCCGACAUCGUCUUCUCCAACGACAACCUGACGGUGUCGUGCAACAGCUACGAUGACCGGGUGGUCCUGGGCAGCGCCGCCUUCUCCCGCGGCGUCCAUUACUGGGAAAUGACGGUGGACCGCUACGACAACCACCCGGACCCGGCCUUCGGCAUCUCUCGCGGCGACGUCCUGAAGGACGUGAUGCUGGGGAAGGACGACAAGGCCUGGGCCAUGUACGUGGACAACAACCGCUCCUGGUUCAUGCACAACAACUCUCACACCAACAGGACGGAUGGUGGCGUCGCUAAAGGAUCGACGAUAGGAAUGUUGCUGGACUUCACACGUAGGAUCCUCAUCUUCCUCAUCAACGAUGAGCAGCAGGGUCCCGUUGCCUUCGAGAGCUUGGAAGGCGCUUAUUACCCCGCCAUCAGCCUGAACCGUAACGUCCAGGUCACUCUUCACACUGGGCUACCCAUCCCUGACUUUUACACGCCCGGGGAGGCAGACCCGACGAGCUCCGUGUGCUGAAGACCGCAGUGAAACCUCUGCAGGGUUUGCCCCUUCCCCGCCCCGUCGCAGGUCAAUACCUCUAACCCCGCCCUCGCCCUCCUGAUCUCGACUCUCCGUCUGUCGCCCCGACCUAAUGACCCCCAUGACACUCCGUCGGAGGCCUCAUGAAAAGCCAUGCCUUUCUCAUGCCUACGCUUUGGACACGGCCGUGUGCAGGACAGUGCAUAUGGUGCCUAUGACUCGUGUUCUUACAGAAGACGGGACGUUUCACCACGACGUCCAGAGGAUCAGUAACGGAAGCACUGAACCGAAGGAGUAUUUUUACAUUUCAGAAAAUACGCGCAUUGAGUCAAGACUAGGCAUGGGCUGGUGUGAAACGCUCAAGGAACGUAUAAAGUAGAUGCUUUUUUUGUUCCUAUCACUUUGUACAUUUAUAUUUCAGGAUUUUUAGACAGGCAUCAACAUUUAUUCUCCCACUCAUCCCCUCUUUCCCACAAUGCACAUGUACAUAAUAUAUUCCAAAAAAUUCAAGUUACAAAGUGUUGUAACUCAAAUUAUUCGAGCUAAUAUUAAGGUUAUUAUGGAUUACUACUGAGUUUUUCCCUUCAGUUUUCCAGCUGCUUGUCACCAAAGUUACUGCUAAAGUAACGUUUCUGUUACUUUAGCAGCUGAUAAGUCAGAGUAGGUUCUGUCUAAAUAGAAAAGCAUCUAUCAAGAUCAUCAGGAUUUGCUUGUUUGAUAUAUGGGGACAAAUACCUGUGACAGAACCUUACAGAAUAUAGAAUAUAGAAUAUGCUGAUAAAUAAACACCAAAAGAACAAAAUUCAGACAUUGGUGGAAUAGAAAAUGUGCCAAAAAGUCUUAUGUCACAACAUUCCCUAAAUUUUGUAAUAUUAGUUUCCAAGAGAGUUGGCUUAUUAAGUAACACAUUGCACCUCUUUGCUGUUCUACCUUUUCUAGAGCAACACUGGGAGUAUAACAAGCAGCCGGUUCAGUUGUCAGGCUAUCUGCUCAUGUAGCAGCCACCCGCUCAGCAGAAAAGCAAGCAGCAUUACUUCCAUAAGAAGGAUGAGUGCCUCCCCUUUACUGUCCAUGCCAUAAUUAGCUAAAUAUUUCCAAAGAGCUGCUUUUUGAAACCUUGGGAUUUCUUGUUACCAGCCCAUGCCAACAGUCAAGAGUUGGGCUACAUUCACAUUGCAGGUAUAAAUGCUCAGUUUAGGGGGUUAGGGUUUGUUUCUUCGUGUGUUGUUGAUAUUACUAGACUAUGAUCGAGAACGGUCUGCGGCAUGCGCAGAAGAAGACUUGCUGUUGCAAGCAGCCCGUUGUGUCUGCAGAAGCAAAUACGGACGCUGCGAAUGUCGUCAAGCUGCCAGAAAUGACGAUUAGCUCCGUCGACAGCGUCUGCCGUGCUUCUUUGUUUUUAUUUCCUACUGUUUACAUUCGCUCGUGCCGCUUUCCGCCUCAUUCGGCGCAAAAUUGCACCACGUUUCCGUGACUUUUCAAUGUGGUCAAAAUUGCACCAGUGGUCUGUUCAAACCGAGAUCACUUUCAAGAACAUCAUCCGAUUUGGGACGAGUCACGUUGGAAAUCGGGAGUUGUGCUGUACAGACUGUGACACUUCUUACGUAAAGAUGGAGCUACUUUUCCGAUUUUGGAGCGCAUUUGAGAGUGAAAUCGGAUUUUUGCCGCUCAGAUUCAUCUUAAGAAAAUAAAUCAGAUAACGGUCACGCCUUCGCCUGCAGUGUGAACGCAGCCUUGACUAUGACGCUAAAGCUCAGAUCACAAGAAACAAAUGCUUGGCAGAAUGUCCAACUCUUUUCUUAAAUGAAGGAGUUUUUUUUUAUUUUUUAUGAAUUCAUUAGACAAGGAAGAUCUUGUAUUAACCUUUUCUUUUUUCUUACAACUCAAUAUAUUGCAUUCUUCAUGCUUAUGCCUCUUUGUCAGGUUUCCGUCUUGAAGACUGUUGUGGAUUCAAGACUCUGAGUUGAGAAUGAGAAGUCAUAUUUUGUGACUGUGGGUGUGUGUGUGUGUGUGUGUGUGCGUGUGUGUGUGUGUAGGCUGCCUGCCAUGACCCUUGGACUAGAGUCCAGCUCCCAGCCAUAUCAGUGUCAUUACCUUCGUCUGUGUAAGUGGGAAGCUUUUCUUAGUGGCUUAGCUCAAGUGAAACUUCUGUGUUGUGUUUUUUUUUGUUUUUUUUUGUUUAAUAUUUACAGCAUCGUGGUUUAUGAUGCAACAGGAAGGAAGACUUUUUUUUCUUCUGCAAUGGCGCUUUCAAAACAGGGAGGGGCUUUGGUUGAAUCCAUCUCAAAGGCAGGAGGGGGGAAUUAAACGACUGUGAAGAUGUUAUUAUAAGGUGCUAAAGCAGUUCACAUAGUUUAAGCUUUUUUUUUUUUACUGUGAGUGACUGAAUUCUGGUAGUUUUUGUAAUAUUGUUAUUGAAAUGAUCUAUUGCGAAGAGGCGUAAAGUUAAAUAAGUUAUUGGUGUUAAGAGAUUUUUAGUGAGAAUUUAUCCUCGUUCUCUUUUCGGCGAUGUACAGUUACAACCGAGGGGACGAACGGCGCUUCUCUGCUUUAAACGUUUUAUUAGACGUCGGGGGGUUUUGGAGGGGAAAUUGGAGGCUUUUCAGUUUACAUGUCUACAAAAGCAACAAAACAGGAGACACUGGAAUGUUUGUUUUUUUUUGGCUAACACUCUUCUCAGUACGUACUGACUGAAACGCUUGGCGGUUCAGUGCUAAAGCGUGCAAACGUGACAAAAGCUGUGCCAACAAUGACUUUCCACGUCUGUGAGAGCUGAAAAAAAAAAGUCUGUCUCGCACAAUUUUACUAAGCACUAGUGGCCUCAUUUCCAUGCUAACAGUUGCUAAUUAGCACCAAACACAACUGAUGAAUACAGAUCAUAAGGCACCAGACAAAGCGAAUGCUGUCUGACAUAGCAAGAAUUAGCUUUAUUCUGCUCCACGUGACAACAGAACAACUUGAACCAUUCAACAGUAAAAUACUGCGACCCAGCGGACCUGUGUACAACAUGUUAGCGUGCUAGCAUGCAGGCUUAUAACACCUCAGUUUUUCAAGUUGCAGCUAAAUCUACCAACCUCUAUGUGCAUUUUUAAUAAAAGUUUCAGUCUGAAAGGAUGGCCAUCUGAAAAAGGCAA